CGACGUCGUCCUCGGUGCCAAAUAGCUCGGCCCCGGUGAAGUCGUUGCUGUCCGAGCGGCUGUUGGUGCUGCGUAACAAGUCGCCACCAGAUUCCCAGAACUCGGACCUGGCGCACAUUCCUCUGCCUUCCUCUCCUACCGAUUCCUCUCACAAGGGCUUCCACAGGCUGGGGUUUCCACGGAAAAAGAGUGACAGCAGCGAUUCUUUCAGUGACCAUAGUGACGACAGGAAAAGCUUGAUGAGCAUACUCACCCGAGUUCGAAGGAUGUCGCGCUCCAGCUCUGAUGAAGCUGAUCCCGAGACGAAACCUUUUCCCAAGAUACAACCCGCAACACACUCGAAAUUGGAGUACCACGAGGAGGAGACAUUUACAACUCCAUUGGACAGGAAGUCAAUUCCUCGAGCGCUCAUCGAUCAGGGGAUUGAAAUGCUCAGAGUGACGCAUAAGAAGAAGAUCAAACGGUGUUUUCGUUUGAAUUUGGACAACAAUCAUCUGAUCUGGAACAAUAAAGCCUCGUCUUUUCUCGAAAUUGAUAAGAUCAAGGCGAUCAGGACUGGUGUCGAGGCCAAGAAUUACAGGGAGGAGUUUAAAGUAUCAUCAGAUUACGAAGAUCUGUGGAUAACAAUCAUCUACUACAAAGACUCCAAGUCCAACAAUAUCAAAGCCUUGCACGUGAUUGCCCCCGCAAGGCACGAAUACGAUACUUUUGUCACCACGUUGCGCAACCUUGUAUACUUCAAACGGCAGAUGGACAGUAUCAGUGAACUAUUCACUGACCUGCACUGGAACAACAAAAACUCCGAAAGCGAGCAUCUUUCUUUUGACGGCGUCCGCAGAUUGAUGUCAAAGCUUCAUAUCCAUGCAAGUCCCGAGUAUCUCGAGAAUCUCUUCCGCAUGGCUGAUUCGGAAGCAAAGGGGCAUCUGAAUUUCCAAGACUUCAAGAAGUUUGUCCGUUUGCUUCGAGACCGCAAGGAAUUGAGGGCUAUAUUUGAUCAACAAGCCAGAGCCAUUUCUGGAAAAUUGUCCUUCGAGGAAUUCUGCAAUUUUCUCGUCGAGGUGCAAAAAGAAAAUAUCUCCUGCUCACAGGCAGAGCAGAUAUUUCAUCGCUUCUCCAAAACAAAAUUGUAUCUCGACUACGACGAGUUUGCAAGUUUUCUCACAAGUUCGUAUUCAAAACCAUACGUCAACAUUCAAGAGGACUACUCAUACCCGCUCAAUGAGUAUUUUAUCUCUUCAUCUCACAAUACCUAUUUAUUGGGAAGACAAGUCAAUGGAACCGCAUCCAUUGAAGGCUACAUUAGGGCAUUACAACGAGGCUGUCGUUGCAUUGAAAUUGAUCUCUGGGAUGGCGAAAAAGGACCAGUUGUAACUCACGGCCGCACUUUCUCCAGCUCCAUUGAAUUUCAGCUGGUUGUGGAAACGAUCCGGAAGUACUCUUUUAUCACAUCGCCUUAUCCUGUCAUAUUAUCGCUUGAGGUUCGUUGCAAUGCUGAGAAUCAGCUUCAGGCUGCCAAUAUCCUUAAAGAUGUUUUACAGGACCGCCUGCUAGAGUAUCCAGUCAAAUCACCCUUCGAAACACUGCCGUCGCCCGCGCAAUUGAAACAUAAAAUUUUAGUGAAAGUGAAGAAGUCCACAGGCGAUGCAGGAAGCCUUGAAAGUAUGUCUUCGUCAUUGUCUUCGUUUAGCGAAGACAGUAGUACAAUCACAAAGAUUGUUCCCAAGAAACGAAGUACCAUCAAAAUCUCCCAGGAGCUGGGCAACCUCGGAAUCUACGUGAUUGGAAUUAAAUUUCGAAAUUUCUCUCUCCCCGAGUCCAAAACAUUCAACCACUGUUUUUCCUUCAGUGACAAGACAUUAGUCAAAAUGGCAAGGGAGGAAGCUAAGUUUUCCGCUAUUAUAAAGCACAACAGGAGGUUUCUCAUGAGGAUUUAUCCAUCCAUUUAUCGCUUCAGUUCCAAUAAUUUCAAUCCCUUCUUUUUUUGGGAGCUAGGAUGCCAGUUGGUUGCAACAAACUGGCAGAUUUACGAUGUGGGGCAGCAGAUUAACGAGACGCUUUUUAAUAUAGGAACAAGUUCCGGCUAUGUUCUCAAACCAUCCUGCCUGCGGAUCAGGAACCCAAAAUUGCAGAAUAUUGAUCCAUUGGGCUGUUUAAAAUUUGAUCAGAGUCGGCGCCUUAGCAUCGACCUCAUUUCGGGGCAACAACUUCCCAAACCAAAGGACAUAAAAUCGGAUUUUUUCGAUCCUUUCUUAGAGCUCGAGAUAUAUUCUCCAGUACCGCAAAACGGAUUUAAUCCUGUCUGGAACCAGCGAUGCUCUGCAACAUACCUCACUAACGACAUUGAUUAUGUUUUUCUGCGGUUUCUGGUCAAGUGCACCAAUGAUAGCUCUGAAAAACUGAUUGGAACGCACACUUGCAAGCUCGAUUACUUGAAACAGGGCUACAGACACCUUCCCUUGUACGAUCAGCAAGGCGAGGAAUUUAUUUAUUCGACACUGUUUAUUAAAGUGGACUAUGGGGACAAAAAUAAUUAG